AUGAUUCACUCUAAUAUUAAUAUGAAAAAUGGUUCUACAUGUUUACCUGGAAAAAAGGGCUAUAUUUUUAGAGGAAACUACAAAAAUUUUAUGCUUUCCAGGCUUUUUAUUGUAUCUUUCCUUUCAUUAUUUAUUUUUUUUCUUCAAGAUAAAUGCAAACUCAAAAAUAAUAUAAGUUCAGAAUUCCAAUUCAAGUGUAAAGUUUCAAGAAUAUUAGCUGAAAUAGAAAAAGAAAAUGAAGGUAAUAAAAAUGCGGAUAACACUUUAGAUUUUUCAGAACUUUUGUCAUCUUUGAGUGAGGCAAGAACAAGUGAUAAAGAUUCGGGUGAAACUGUAAGUUAUUUAGAAUUUUUACCUAAAUGGAAUGAGCAUCGAGCACAUCAAGAUGAAUUCUUACAGGAUUUUAGUACAGAUUUAUUUCAUAAAUUUAUUGAAUUUGCAGUAUCCCAUCGCAUAGAUAGUGAUGAUAAAGAUGAAUUUUGUUCAAGGAUUUUGGGUAAUAUUAAUGACACAGCUAAUAGUAUCAAAGUUACCCUUAAGACGAGAUUAGAUGAUUUGUUUAUAAAUGGAUCAUGCACAAAAGAAGAAUGUGAAAGAUUUUUACAAUUUUCGCGUCAGAUAUGGGGUAGAUUUAGGGAUAUGUCAUUAAAAUACUUUAAGGAAAAUCUUAAUAAAUUAUAUUACAAUACUGAUUAA